UGAGUUGAAAGGUGUUUUGAAAGAAACUUCAUCAAAAAACAUUACUUUAUCGCCAUUUAACUGCAAUUUCUUUUGAUCCCCCGCAAAAGUUGCAUAGAAAAAUGGAUUUUUUUAUGCAAGGGUGCUAAUAUUUUUGAGAGAAUGUUUUUUAUUUGGUGCCAAAGUUAUAAACAAAAUGACGUUCCUUCUGCAAGCUUCCUAAGACCGUUGAAGAGUAAAUUUGUCUAUUAAGGUUAAAUGGAGAAUUACCAUGUACUGCAUCUUAUUGGUGAAGGUUCGUUUGGUAAAGUUUACAAAGGAAGAAGGAAGUAUUCGGGUCAGAUCGUUGCCAUGAAGUUCAUCCCAAAGACUGGUCGAUCAGAAAAAGAACUGAAAAAUCUUCAAAGAGAAAUCGACAUAAUGAGAUCAUUGGACCAUGAAAACAUCAUUAGGUUACUGGAUUCCUUUGAAACACCAAAAGAGGUUUGUGUUGUGACUGAUUACGCAGAAGGUGAAUUGUUUCAAGUUUUGGAAGAUGACGGUAGUUUGCCAGAAGAGCAGGUUCAAAAGAUUGCUUGUCAAUUGGUCAAAGCAUUGUAUUAUUUGCAUUCUCAUCGGAUACUUCAUAGAGAUAUGAAACCACAGAAUAUCCUGCUUGGAAAACAUGGCAUUGUUAAACUUUGUGACUUUGGGUUUGCUCGUGCUAUGAGUAUUAAUACCCUGGUCCUGACAUCAAUCAAGGGUACACCUCUUUACAUGUCUCCUGAACUUGUGCAAGAAAAGCCUUAUGACUAUAACUCUGACCUCUGGUCAUUGGGAUGUAUACUAUAUGAACUGUAUGUUGGUACACCACCCUUUCAUACUAACAGUAUAUUCCAACUAGUCAAUCUUAUAUGCAGGGAUACUGUCAAGUGGCCAGAAAGUAUGAGCCCCGACUUCCAGAGCUUCCUUCAAGGACUACUUACCAAAGAUCCAAAAAAGAGGUUGACUUGGCCUUAUGUCUUACGCCAUCCUUUUGUUGCCGAUGGGAUUGAUGAGCAAGAACUAGAAGUUAAUGGAGUGCCACCUUCCCAGUUUGAAAAAACACAACAGACAAGAGGGAUAUCUACACCAGAUAAGAAAGAGGCUGGUGAUAUCAAGCCAUCAUGGAUAAGAAAACUACAACAACAAGAAGGCAACAAACACAAAAAAAAUAAAGAAAAUGAGAAAGAAAAAGAGAAAACUAAGACUCCUUUAAAGAAGCAGCCAUCUUUAGUAAAGAGAAAACCAAGUAAAGAGGAAAAACCAGUCGUGAAAAAACAAAAUAGCAAAGAAAACAAACAGCAGGCUAAGGAAGUCAAACAAAAACCUGAUGAUGACUGGGAAGUUGAAAGCCCUCAAGCCAGCAAUACCACAACUGCAAGAAAAGGCCAUGAGAUUAGUGAUGACUAUGAGAGAGAGAUGUCAAUUAUUAACAAAGUCCUUGCCGCUGCAGCAAAGAGGAAGGAAAGACAAGGAAAAGGAAAGCAUCCAGCUGAGGACCUUGAUAGCGACGAGGAAUGGGCAUAUAUAGUAGAGAUUACUGAACCGCACCGUGAAUCAUUAUCAACCACCAUUGCACAGAAAGAAGAUGAUAUUACAAGAGAAUUGCUCCAUGACAGCGAAUUCAUGAAUCGUACAAGAACUGCUAUGGAUAAUGCUUGUUCUUUGGUGUCAGAAGGAGUUCUUGAAGGAGCUUCUAAGCUGAGACAAGUUCUCAGGGUACUUAGAAACUUGGUUAUGGCAAACUGUUCAUCAAGAGAGAAAUCCCUGUUUUUCAGUUCUCUUGGUUUACCACUCAAAGCUGUCCAGAUAGUCAGCCAAAUGGUAAAAAAGACCAAGUCUGUUCAGCAAACAUGGAGUGUACAAGUAAUGACUGACCUCCUACAUCUGACAAAUUUGUAUCUUAAGCAAUGUUUUCUCUCUGAAGAAAGAGUUGAUCAUUGUGGCUUACUAGACACUGGUAAAUCCCUUGUUGCAGCCAUUCCUCAGCUGCUCAAACAUGGUCUGGAUAAGGAGUUAACCCUGAGGGAGAUUUCCCUUGAGAGUAUAAGUUUAUUGUGUCAAGCUAUAGACAAGCUUCCUGCUGAUAAUGUAGAUGAUUUCUAUGACAGUCUUAGUACUCAACACAUCAAAGCAAUUGAUGACAUCAUAAGUUCAAUUGUACUGGAUCAAACAUCACUGCAGAAACUUAAAGGAUCUUCAGGAGAUGUGAACACCAUCAAAAACAGAGCAAAACAGCUUCAGUCAUUCUCAAGAUCAGCCAUUUCUUGUCUUGUCACCUUCCAGGAAUCUACUAAACUGGUACCCAACUCAAAAAAGAACUUGACAUCAGUUAUAGCAAAGAAAUUCCUUCAGCAAUCUCAUGAGAAACAUUUAGAAACAAUGCUACAGUAUUCCAGCAGUAAACACCCUGUUCAUUCUGCACUGUGUAUAUUGUGUCAACUGUGUGAGAUGUCAAAUGAGUUGUGUAUUCACAUCACCAAACAAGGCAAACUUUUAGAGGCAUUUGUUGAAUAUAUUAAAGACUGGGAGAAAUUGUUACAGUCAAAAAGCACAGAAACACUGUAUGCUGUCUUAAAAGUAAUGUUUUAUGUUGUCACUACUCAAGAAGAUUUGUCAGUUGAGUUAUCUGACGUACCAAAGCAUCUAUCACAUUUAUUUAUCACUACUGAGGAUUUUGACUUAAAGGCUGCUUCUGCCAUGCUUAUUGCUCAGCUAUGGGACCCAGAAUGUAUUGCUAAGUCUCCUGACUCAAUAAAGACCAUGUUAGAUGCAAUACACCAAACUAUUUGUUAUAUUUAUAAAACAAAGGUUACACCAUGUUGUCUAUUUGGUGGUGCUUCAGGGCUUUUAGAUGGUGUUUUGUCAGUCCUUUCACUUAUGACAAAAGAGUGUGAUAUCCCUCCAUAUCAACUGCUAGAACACAGUCUAUGGCAUAAUGUAUGGGGUGCCAUGGCAACAGUACUUAAUCUUAACGACAAUGAUGUCAUAGGAGAUAUACAAUGGUAUAUGGUGUCAUUCUCUGGUGUUAUAGAAGUCUUGUAUUCCACUGACCAGCUAUUUAAUAAGGCUCCAGUUGAAUGCACUGAUAGCUUCUCUGAUUCUCGCUCCAACUUUGCCUUGAUUUUGACAAGAUGGCUGACUAUGGAUUUCAUCAUUCCUUUGCAACAACAUUUGACAACAGCAAUAUGCAGUAGCAGUGAGGAAACAAUGGUUGCUGUCUGUGCCUUUGUGCUUCAGGUUGUUCGUAUCUUGUACUGUCCUUUUGCUGUUGAUUUGGAUGAAGCUUUACUAAAUGACACUCAAAGUGUUUUUUAUCAACGUAAUGUGCUUCCAAACAUUAUGGAGAUCUGCUGUACUGUUCUACCUGAAGAUGCUAUGGAGCUUCCUAUUGGUCUUAUAACAAGACUAGUUUUGAGUGAUGACAUGUUUGUAUCGCAGUUUGUACAUUAUGUUACUAAAGAAAAGUUAGAACCGUUUUUGACUUCACUACUCAUCACCGAGAAUUUCCCGACGUUAAUAUCUGACGUCAUAGCUCUAUUAAGUCACGUGGCUCGCUGCUCGGUUGAAUACGUCGACAUGGUUAUUGGUGUCUUGUCAGGAGAAAAAGGUACUUUUGAGACCCUAUAUACACUCCUCUUGCAUAAUGACGUCACUAUCAGUGCCAGUGCCUGCAACAUGCUGGGAAAUGUGCUGAAGCAAUCCUCAGUUCUCUAUUCUGUCUUGCAAAGAAGUGAAGUUCUUUCUAUCUUAUUUGGUUUGUUGAAGUCUGAAGAUGCGAAUGUUAGAAAGGCAGCGAGUUUUGCUGUAGGGUACGCCGCGUACCAUAGUGACUCAUUAUAUUCAUAUUUAUCUCCUGUUAUCCCUCUACUGGUCGAUUUGUUGGCUGAUACAUUACCAAAAACCCGCUCCAAUGCAGCAGGUGCUUUGGGUAAUCUUGUACGACAUUCGCCUGUGUUGUAUCCACAGCUUAUCAGAGAACAAGCUCCUCAAGGGAUCCUCAAAAUGGCUUGUAGUGAUUCUCACCCUGAUGCACAAAAUGCUGCUCUCAAGACUUUAAGGCUAUUUUGCAGAAAUCCAGAGUGUAGACAGGUUUUAGUUACCAUGGGAAUUGAGCAACAAAUAUUGCGAAUGGUGGACAGGUCCCGUAUGUCAAGCGCCAGCAGUCAGGCGUCCAGCGUUCCUCCAACACCUUCGACUGCGCAGACAUUGGAUGGUGCUGUUUCUGAACACUGUGUACAUAUUUUAAAGAAACUAAAAUCGAGGAAUUAACAUGUUAACCCAAAAAAUUCAGUGAUGUCUGAACAAGAUGCAAGCGAAGUUCAAACUUUUUGAUAUCUAGUCGAGAAUGAAGAGACUAGUUGAAUUUAUUGGAUGGUAAGUUCUCGAUGUCGAAACGAGAAGAAUGCGAGGACUAGACGAACGCUUCACGAGAUUGAGACGAAAAGCUCACAAUUUUGUUGUCUGCGCACGUUGUGUUCACAUUCGCACGCUUUGCAUAGACGAUUUGCUUGAGUUAUCUCUAAGAAUUGUCAAAAAAUAUAGAACAGUCAAGGCAAUUACAGCAACCAAUUUUAUUGCUAAGUAAAAUCGUAUUGUCUUUUUAGAUUAUCAAAGAGACCAAAAACUGACAAUGUUUGUAUGUAAAUAAAUAUGUGAUGAAAUGGUGCAGAUAUUCCGAUUCUUAUCAUAUGUCGUUGUUUCAAAAACUCAAAAUCACUUUCUACGCUCGUGAUUUUUUUUUCCGUGUUCUCCAAACAUCACCGAUAAACGGCAAUCUUUUGUUGCUUAAAUAAAUACAUAUUAUUUAUUUCAAGUAGUUUUGUUAUAGAUAAUCGCCUGAUUUGCGGUAUUUUAUUAUUUGUUUACGAUAUGGUUCAAUAAAAUUCUGUACUUUGGAAUCGGA